AUGGUGUCCACGGCAGUUCGUUUCGCAACCCUCAGCGCUCUCUUCGCAUCCAAGGUUUCGGCUCACGGCCAUGUAUCUGAGGUCUUCAUCAACGACAAAAGCUACUACGGCCACGAUCCCACCAAAGUUCCCUACGUAACCCAGCCAGAGAGUAUCACCUGGUCAAAUGGCGCUAAAGACAACGGCUUCGUCACGUCCACCGCGAGUGCACUGGCGUCUCCAGAUAUCAUCUGCCACCUCAACGCUACCAAUGGGCAGCUGACAGCCGACGUCACUGCUGGCACGACCAUCAAGGUUCGCUGGUCGGACUGGCCUGAAGCCCACUGGGGACCAGUUCUGGAUUACAUGGCGCGCUGUCCAAAUGACGACUGCACCACUGUGGACAAGACCAAGUUGAAGUUCUUCAAGAUUGAUGAGUUGGGGCAGUUAACGAGAGGAACUGUGCCUGGUCAGCCGGGUUACUGGGCGAAUAAUAAACUUCGCGACGACGACCUUUCAUGGAACAUAACGAUCCCGGCUAAGCUGGCUCCGGGAAGUUAUGUCCUCAGACAUGAGAUUAUUGCCCUACAUGCGGGAGGUGCAGAAGGGUCGACUCAGAUGUAUCCUCAGUGUAUCAACCUGGUUGUCAAGGGAGAUGGCACUGCACAGCCUGAAGGCGUGUCUGCGACGGAUCUUUACUCUUCGAAGGACCCGGGGUUGCUUCAUAAUGUUUUUGUGGAUGAGUGGAGUGAUGCGAAGUACAUCAUCCCGGGACCUCCGGUGGUAAAGUUUUAG